UCCAACUCUGCAAUCGAAUCUUACAUGGUGUGAACGAUUCAGCUCAUAUCAAUGAACAAUUUUCUCGCAAAACCAUCCUCAACAAUCUACACCCAGAUUUCUCACUAAAAUCAGCAGGGUUUUCCGCAACAAUGCCCGCCGUUCCCCGGAGGAAAUGCUGCAUUCCUUGCGCCAGCGCGAAACGUAGUUGCGAUAAGCAAGUUCCUGAAUGUCAAAGGUGUAUAGACAGAGAUAUCGACUGCAGUUACCCAUUGCCUAAACGAUCGCGAAGGCGUCGCGAUAUCCCGUUUUCGGAGAGCGCUGUAACAGAGCAUGUUGGCUCUCAACCACAAGAUCUUCCGUUUAUCCAUCCAACCACGAUGGGGGACAGUAGUAGUAUGAACGAAGGGAGUUAUAUCAAUACAGCGGAUCUAGACUUUGCGUACGGCUGGGAAACAGUCACACAGGAUCAAAUCGAGUUGAAUGUCCCUUUAGUCGACGACAUGACGUUUCCGUACAUGCCCCUGACGACCAUCAUGUCAGGAACGCUCCCCCAACCCCCAUCAAUACCACCACUACCACAACAACUAUCUGCUACCAUCACCACAGCAACACAGCCCCCCAUUUUCAAUAGCACCAACCUCACCAAACCAUCAUGCCCCUGGUUUCUCGAAGAAGAAACAUGGGCCCUGAAGCACUGCGAUGAAACUCCCUCCAGCUCAGCCUUACUCGAACUAGACCCCUUCAUCAACAGCGUAAAAGACAUGCUCAAAAACUGGGUUCAAAACGGACAUAACAAUUUCAUCCACCACCGCUUAUACGUAAAGGGCAUGUCGACUUGUCUCCAGGACGCUUUCACCACACUGGCAUCGUAUAUGACGGCGCACACGCCAACAGUCAAGCAGACCAUCCUCCAGAUUGCUGAAGAGCGUUGUGCGAGGCUUGUCGAGCAGAAAGGAGAUAUCCAUAAUGUGGAUAGUGCGACGAGCGGGUUUUACGGAGGCAGCGUUAUCCAGGAAGGGAUAUUGACCCAGCUAGCUCGGGUACAUGCGCUCUUCGUAUACGAAUUCAUCCGUCUAUUCGAUGGUGAAAUCCGCGUCCGAGCUUCCGCAGAGCUACAACUAUCCACCUUACGAAAAUGGACGACGAGUUUGCGAGAGACAAUACAGCAAUAUCGCGGUGAUGACACUUUAGUUACGCCCAAUCCCGCUGGUGGGAAUCAGCAAGACCAGACGCACACACAGUCCGAUAAAGACUAUUCAGCAGCGACGGCGUCAUGGCAUCUCUGGAUCCUCACUGAAAGCGUCCGUCGUUCCCACCUCAUCAUCGAUGCUGUCGCGAAUAUCUACCAGACUAUGACGAAAGGUUGGGCUGAGUGUGCGGGGGCGGUUAUGUUCACGGCGCGGGCUGGGCUGUGGGAUGCUGAGACGGCGACGAAAUGGUGCCGUCUUUCGGGCGGUGGAACGUCGCCGCUUCUUGUGAAGUCGCUUUCACCGGGGCCAAUUAUCGCGAGUUAUAAGGCUGGUGAGGUGGAUUCUUUUGCCAGGAUGUAUUGGACUUUUAUUGUAGGGAGGGAGAGGAUCGAGUGGUGGGCUGAGCGGAGUGGACUGGAAGGGAUUGUUGGAUGA